AUGGCAAAGCUGCCCCUGUUCAGGAAAGCUCCUGGACGUCCGCAGGUCGGCCGGAGCAGAUCGAAGGUGCUCUGGCAUCGUAUCCUCCGUUCCUUCUGCUAUCUCAUCGCUUGGAUCUUUCUGAUCUUGGUCUGCAUUGGCAAUGUCGCCGAUAAGCCCGUUCUCCGACAGACCUACUUCCUCGAGAUCAACCUGGCGAAUAUCAUCCCAUUGUCCACCCCCAAUGCGGUCCUGAUCGAUACCAUUGCUCGCACAAUCGGUCUGCACGACUUCUACCAGGUGGGACUAUGGAACUUUUGCGAAGGUUAUCAGGACCAGGGCAUCACCCACUGCUCUUCGCCCAAACCCCUCUACUGGUUCAAUCCUGUCGAGAUCAUCCUCAGUGAACUGCUAUCCGGCGCAACGAUUGCUCUUCCUGCAAACAUCACGUCGGCUCUGCACAUCGCCCGCAUAGCCUCACACUGGAUGUUUGGUCUCUUUAUCACCGCUACCGUCUUAACCUUCAUCCUCAUCUUUUUGUCUCCACUUGCCGUCUCCUCACGGCCUCCUCAAGCUCUUUCUUCCGACCCAGUCAUCAAUCAAACCCACCCGCAACAUCGCCGUCGAACCUUUGUGCUUCUCCGUUCUCUUCCCUUCCUCAUCCUAACCUUCGUGACCGCUCUCUUCACCGUUGUUGCCUCCGUCGUUGCAACCGUCAUGUUCAUCAUCUUCCGCAACGUCUUCACCUCCGCCAGCGAAGACCUCAACAUCGACGCCUGGAUCGGCACGCGCAUGAUGGCUUUCAUGUGGGUCGCCUCCGCCUUCAACCUGAUUGCCUUUAUCCUCCAGCUUGGCUCCUGCUGUGCCUCUUGCUGUGGUGGCCGCAAAACCCGCAAGCAGCUCAAGCAGAAUAGUGUCGGCACUGCGAGCCCUAGCAGCACAGCUUCCCCUGAUGUGCGUGAGAAAGAGCAUCCACACAGCCCCGCAACUACGGAGUGA